AUGAUAAUUAAUUGCAGUCAUUAGAAGAUAGGUUAUUUGAUUGAGUAAUAGAUGAUCAAGGAGGUUUGUGAUAUUUGCAAUGAUAUAGAAUGCAUUGAAUCUCAUAAAUUUGUCCUAAAAGCUGAUUUGAUGGAUUUCCAAUAAAAAGCACUUCCGUUGCUUUCAGAACUGUAAAUCGUAUUAUACGAUCAAUUACCCAUUUCAAUAGAAUAACUCAGCUCCAAGAUUAAUUCAUCAUAUUAAGACUUGAUCAAGAGUUCUCAGAAGAAAUAAGUAGAAAAUCUGAUGAUGAUAUUGCAAAAUGAGGAGGAGAAAUAUUUAUUUCAGUUAAUAAAUUUUUAUAUUGCUCGAGAUCAAAUAAAGUAAAUAAAAGAGAAAUUACAAGAAGUAGUACAUUUUGAAUAAACAAUCUAAAGAUGUAUAUCGUAAUUUAAUUAGAAUUAAAAUAUCACUAAAGAAGUGUAAACUAUUAAUUUUGAUGAUGAUCAAGAUCUGAUUAAAACUACUAAUAAGGAAGAAACAGACUCAUUGUUUAUAAAAUAAGUUGACAUUCCAAUCCUCAAUCAAAAUCUAGUUGAGAAAUCAAAUAGUUUUGAGAUCCCAACAACUUUCAAAUUUAAAAGAAUGUAUAGCAUCACUUGGUUGAAUGAUAACCUAUUGGGAAUUGCAGCUGGAGAUUAUAACCCAUACAUAAUAUUUGAUCCUGAGAUGUAGAUAAUCAAAUAAUAAAUAUGUUAAGAAAAGAACGGGGUUUAUGAUUCAAUUGCAAUUGGAAAUGAUAGAAUAGUAUUAGCCUACGUGCAUAAUAUUAAACUAUUUUAAUGGGUGAACCAUCAAUAUGUGGAGAAUAAAUUAGAAUUUGAAGAAUCUUAAGGAACUCCAAGUAAACUAUAUUAUUGUGCCUAAACUUAAUCAAUAUUUGCUACAAAUACAUUCUUCUAAGUUAUCUCUUAAAACUAUGUCUAUUAAUGGAAAUUAGACUCUGGUAAAUUAAUUAAAUAUAGAAUACAGGGUUCUACAUUUGGACCUAUGUGUUUGAUCAAUUAAAAAAGGCUAUUUUGUUUCAGUUUAUGGGAAAUGAAGACUAAAAGUGUUAGACAGAACCUAAUAUACUUUUGGUAAUAUGAAUCAAAUACUCCAUUAAAAAAAAUUGAUACAUCUUAGCCACAAUAUGCUUUGAUAGUAAGAAUGAACUAAUUAUUCGGUUUUGGUUCUGAAAUCACAGUUUGGAAUUUAGAGAAUUACCAUUUAAUUAAGAAAAUCACUUAUCCAGAUAAAAAGCUCAAUCCUUGGUGCGUAUGCUCAACUGAUUAGUCUCUAAUUUUAGGUUGUGAAGAUGGAACUAUCUUACUUGUAAAUGAAUAGUUUAAUAAAUGGGAUAAAAUUAUGAAAAUGAGAGCAAAGACAAUGAAAAUGAAUAUUUUAAAAGAUAAAUGUGCAAUAGCUGCAUUAGAUUGCAGUUUUAGUAUCCUUUAAAUUAAAAAAUGA